CGUCAGUAUGACGUCACGACUGUUGAGGACGGUUUGUGUCUCAGCCAAUCAACUGAAGCGACGACGGCAGCGCGUUUUGUUUAGAUCUCAGUGCAGUGAAUGCUAGGCUAAAUCUACUGGAAAUAAGGCGUUUUCUGCACAAAACUGCUGUUUUGAACAUGCUGAUGAGCAGGUAUUCACUAGUAUAGAAAUAUAUCGUCAAUUAACCCACCGAAAAGCAGCGGAGAGCUGAAAAAUGGUGAUAGAGUUGCCGUUUGUUCCUUGACAACCUGUUGAAUACAUGAAAUGAAGCCAAAUCACUUGAGGGCUCUUCAUAACAGUCACCAAUGUUCAAAGACAACAGGGGGUUAGUAGAGGAUGUUUUUUCCUUGAGAAAUCAGCUGCGAUUAACCGAGAAAAACCUGCAGUCACUGGGGGAACAAUUGAGUCAAUCAGGAAAUGACAUCACUGGUGAAGAUAAUAACAGAAGUGCUGUGGACGGAUUCCCAGGUCGUCUUACUUUAGAGGACCUUCAGAAUCCUGAUCCUGGACAACCAAGAGGAGCAUAUUCACACCCUGAGCAGAGGGUGUGUGCAUGUGACUGCAGGUCAGACAGAGACAUGGAGACAGAGAUGUCUGUACUCAGGAGGAAGCUUAACACCAUCAGGCAGGAGAACACUUCUCUGGCGAUGGAGAACAGGCAGCUCAUCAGUGACAUAGAAGCUGCUCAGCUUGAGUUAGUCAGCUCAAAGUCCAAGGUCCGUCUGUUGGGAUCCACUUUGGGAGCCAGGACCUCCAGUGUGUCUCACAUGAAGGAGCAGAUUCUGGGUCUUGAGGCAGAACUGGAAACCCAAACCAAAGCUUUAGAGGCUGCAGAGCAGAAGUUGGAAGAAAGUGAACAGACAGUGAUGCAGAGUAACCGGCUGGUGGAGAAGCUCAGAGAUGAGCUGAGAGUUGUUAAAGCUGAGUUAGCUGAAAGAACACGUCUGGGAAAACGUGCUGAGCAGCAGAGAAACCAAGCACUUCGAAAUGCAGAGAAGCUCACAGUGACCUUUAAAGAAUACAAAGAGGACGUUUCUGAAAAACUCAGGAAGGUGUUGGAGAGUGAGGGCCAGCUGAAAGUCAGCCUGAUGGAGUGUGACAGGGAGAGAGAGGAGCUGGAGAGGAAGUGUGCUGAGCUGGAGAGAGAGAAGGAUGGUCUACGUCACAACAUCUGUGAGCUGAAGGAGGUUCAGAGCCGCUCUGAGUCUCUCUCCACUGAGCAUGUGCAGCUGCAGUCUCAGGUUCAGCAGCUCUCAGAUCAGCUGAAACGGCUGCAGAGGGAGCUAGCUGAGAAGGAGGCUCAGCUGCAGAUGGCAGGGCUGAGGAAAGAGAACGAGGACCUGCGGCUCCUCACGGCAUGUCAGGAGCAGAGGGUGGCUCAUGCCCACAGAGAGAAGGAACAGGACAGAGCCGAGCUGACCAGCCUAGAGGGCAUAUUGGACUUACUACAUCUGAGAGAGAAUCGGGAGGGUGUACUGUGUGUGAACCCUUGUUUGCUGCCCGACUUGUCUUACACAAGCACCACUGAAUCUCUCAAACACAAACCUGGUGAACGCUAUCAGAAACUGUUGGCGGUGCUUCAGAUGGUCGAGAGGGAGAAGACCCGGCACGCCAGUGCCGCACAGGGCCUACAAGAGAGACUGACUAGAGCCCAGGAGGAGAUCUCCUCGCUGCAGACCUCUAUCACAGAGAGAUCCUCUCACUACCAGCAGCUCCACAACCAGCUACUGGACAAGGCUACACAGGCCACCUCCUUAGAGAAAGAGCUAAAAAAGAAGAGUUUGCGUGUGACUGUCCUGGAGAAACAGCUGCAGGAGAAGAGUGCUGCUUAUUCACAGGCUGUAAUGAAGACCAGCCAGCUUGAACAAGACCUUCUGGAAAAGGCUAGCAGUAUUCAGCACUACCAAUCAGUCUUGAACAAGAAACAGAGGGAGUAUCAGCAGACUAUAGAGAAAGUCAAGACGACACAGUCACACAAAUGCAAAGAACUGGAGGAUAGAAUUGAGGUGCUACAGUUGUCUCUGGCUCAGAAACAGACUGAACUUGAGGAACUAGAACGAAAUGUGACUGAUCUUCACACAGAGAAGCAGCAGUCACAGCAGAGAGCUGCUCUUCUACAGGCUGUUGUAGAUAAGCUCACUGAGGAUUUUGAGGUAAAAUCUAAAUGCAGUGAAGAGGCACUUAGAAAUGUUGAAGAACAAGCUGCUGACUCUGCUUCAGUGGUUAGGAACCUGCAGACCGCACUGUCCUCCUGUAAAGAGGAUCUGAGUCAUUAUCUCCAGCAGAUGGAGGAUGUAAAGAAACAUCAUGAUAGACAACUGGAGCUGAAGAACAGUGAGCUGUCACAGCUGCAGGAAGAGCUGAAGGGGAAAUGUGUGGCUAAUCAGAGCUCCAGUGAGGAGAACCUGCAACUACAGCACUCUAUCCAGAACCAGCACACCAUGUUGCAGGAGAGCACGUUACGCAUCGCACAGCUGGAGGAGAGCCAGAGUCAGCUACAGACCCAGGUGUCCCAGUUGGAACAAGAUUUGGAGAAGGAGCGCACUGCCUUGUCUCAGGCUCUGAGGAGAAGGGAGAGAGAGGUGGAGGAGGCCACUCAGGAGGUGCAGAAGAAGGAGAGACAGGCUGCAGAGCUCUCCGGCUCCAUAACGCAGCUGAGUUCAGAGAUGAGUAAGUGUCGAGUGGAGCUGUCAGACAUGGAGCUGGAGCUGUUGCGUUUGAGGAGAGACAGCAACACGAAAGCCUCUCAGCUUAAUCAGAUGGAGGAGACACUCAAGGAGACCAAAGGCCUGCUGGAUAAGAAGAGUGAAAUUGUUAUGGACCUUGAAGAGAAGCUCCACCGCAGUGAGAUGGACAGGAGGAACUCACUGCAGCGGGCGCAGUUGCUGGAGGAACAGUUGCAGGAGGUGCGUGGAGAGCUUACGGAUACCCUGGACCACCUGCAGGAGCUCAGAGACUUGCUGCAGCGGACACAGCUGACGUCAGACCAACAACAAACAGCCAUCAAUAAAUUAGCUGCUGAGCUCAGAGAGAGUCAGAAGGAGCUGGAGGAGAGGAACCAUGAGGUGCUGGAUCUGGACAGUGCUCUGAAAGAUAGACAGGGGGAGCUACAGCAGAGAGCGCAGCUGUUGGGGCAGCUGGAUGUGGCCAUUAAAGAGCAUAAGCUGGAGAUGGAGAAGAAUGUGGAGUAUUUACAGGAAGCUCUGGUGAAAAGCCAGAAAGAGCUUAGAGAGAAGGACCAGCAGAUGCAGUUCUUGAUGGAGAGGCUGGAGAUGCUGAAGUCACAGAUUCAGGUUAAGGAGGACCUGGAGAGGGAUGCUCUUGAACAUGGCCAGCAGCUGCGUGUGUAUCGUGAGCAGCUCCAGAAGACGGUACAGGAGCUACAGGAAGCACAUACACGCUGUGAAUCUCUGGAUAGACAGAUAGAUGAAGUCACCCAGCAAGCACAUCAGAAGGAGAAAGAAGUUCAUCAGCUGCAAGAAGAGAUGUCUGUGAUGGAGAAGCACUCUACACAGGCUGAGGUCAGACUCCAGGCCACCAUUGCUACCCUGCAGCAGGAGCUUGAGCAGCAGAGAGAGGAGCACCACAAAGAGCUUUCAGCUCUCCAGCAGACGCGUGGGCAGCUGCUGAAGGUGUCGGAUCAGAUCUCCAGCAGCUUGCGUAACUCUCAGGAGCAGCUGAGCCAGCGGCUGCAACAGGCCCGAGACCAGCUUGAAGAGGCUAGAUCUACCUCUGCUCGCCUACACGCUGAGCUUCACAGCAAAGAACAGCUCCUACAGAAUGCUAAUGAGACCCUGCUUAUCAAGGAGUCAGAGAUCACCCGUCUUCAAGCCAAGCUCUCCAGCUUCGAAAGGGCCACAGAACUACACAACAUCACACUUCGUCACAAACCCAGCACUCCUCCCCCUCUCACUCCUCCUCUCAAAGACUCGAUUCUUCAUGGCUCCCCACCCCCCUCUCACAAAAACACUUCAGCGCGUUCCAGCAUCUCCUCCUGGCAGAACACCUUCUCUGACACCUCUGUGGAGCUUUCAGACAGUUUGAAAGCCAGUGUACAGGCUGCAAUGCUGCUGCCCCCCUCCCCAGACCAGACCUGGCAGGGUCUGAGCACCCAUGAGGCCACCUCCACUACAGACAUGUCCUUUAAUCCACUCACAUACAUGCUGGACCAAGAGCAACCAGAAGAACCUGAUCUAGACUCUCUAUCUGGUAUGCUGAGGUUUGUUAACCAGACUUUGGCCCUCCAAGAGCAACAAUCCCUCUGUGACACCAGCACCCACAAAACAGGAACAUAAUGAGGUGGCAGGAGAACCCAUCAACUAUUGAUAUUCCUGAAGUCUCUACAGAAUAAAUGCACAGAGGUCCAAAACCUGCUGAUUCAUUCACUUUUGCCCUGAGCUACUAUGAUUUUUGUACGAAGCCUAAAUGUUACAUUUAACCUCACUUCAGUUUUGAAUCAGUUUGGUAGAGCUGCUCGAGCUUGUCCAGUAGCAUGAUCAAACCUGUCCCAACUGAAUUUGAAAUGUCCUAUUCAGUCGUGUUUUUGUAUUUAGAUAUAUAUUUUAGUUUUACAUUUUAUAAUGCUAAUUUAUACAAUUUCUAAUGUGAAUGAUUGAUUGAUUCUUAAUAAAUCUUUAGAUAUUCAGAAACAUCUCUUUACUUUCAUGCUAAACUUUUUUUCGGAGUCAUCUUGUUUCAGUCUCACACCAAAGUACUCUAUAUAGCACGUUAACAGGUAGUGUGCCAUCGUUUAAAUGAACUAAGUUAACAUGUAUCACAACACAGCCUUUUAAUAAUAACUGUGUGUAUUUGCAUACGUUUGCACUCAUACGUGUGUUUACACAGGCCCAUUGUUUAAUGAUACAACAACCAGUGUGUGUCGUAUUUGCUGCUUAGAGAUGGACUGACAGGUCUAUUGUGUCUGUUUUUGUAACCAGUGAGCACUCCGAGAGUCCAGGUGUGUAAUUUAACAUAAUUUUAGGAGGAAGUCAAGAGCUUUAUUGCCAUUGUGCGGAUACAAUUAGAUUAAAUAAAGAUUAAACGAAGAACUUGCAACAACGAAAUCAGAUCUCCUCUGAAGAUGUUCCAAAUGUUAAGUAUAUGCAAAACCAUGGUAAAAAGUAUAAAAGAGAACACUAGCAAAGCAUCGCUGCUUUGUUUUCUCUCAUUAUGCUGAAGAAGAUGAUUUGCAUGCAUAAAAUAGGCUUUGGUUUGCAGUUAAGAGGAUGUGGUGAAAGAUUGGUGAUUUAUAGCAGCACGCUCACGCUAUGUACACGUACAGAGAGCUCUCUCAUCUGGAAACCCCUCAUACCUUAGUUCAUUUCUUUAAAUGUAUUGACUAAACGUAGCUAGUAAGAAGAUUAAAACAUUGUUUAAAACGUGUACUGUAAAUGCCUGUAUGAUUUGGAUGUAAAAGACAUGAAGGACAGAGUUGGUGCUUCUGUCUGCAUUAAAUGCUGAUCUUGUUGCGUGUGGCUAUGAGAGUUCUGCGGUGUUCAGGGCAGAAACCAUACUGUGUCAGUUUUUUCAAAGCAGGAACAUCGGGUUUUCUGGCACACGACUCUCGUGAAAAAGAACAGCGUGUAAUUGUAUUGAAUGUCUACUUGUAGUAUGCUUGAAAUCAUAUUAUUUAAAACCGUACCUGCAGAUAAUUU